AGAAGCACCAUGGAACCAAGAAAAAUAUCUUCCGCGGCACUGCGAAGUAACAACGAAAUGCUCAGGAAAAGGAAAACAGAAGGAAAGAAAUUUCUGGAUUUUACUAGAAUUUCCCCUUGACAUGGAUGCCACCGUCUUUUGCUACACAUUUAAGAAGAUUAGGAGGCGGCGGAGAGGGGCGUCGCUUACAGAAUUGAGACCAAGAAAGAAAAAAUUAGCUACUUAGAGUAGAUGAUGGAAGCAAACAGAGCAACCCCAUUUCUAACAAAGAUAUACGCCAUUGUUGACGAUUCCUCCACAGACAAUGUUGUGUCAUGGAGCGCAGGAAAUAACAGCUUCCUGGUGAAAGAUCCCCACGAUUUUUCUCUUCAUUUGCUCCCUCGCUACUUCAAACACUGCAACUUCUCCAGCUUCGUUCGACAGCUCAACACAUAUGGAUUUCGUAAAGUGGAUGCUGAUAGAUGGGAGUUUGCACACGAAUUCUUUCUGCGAGGGCAAAAGCAGUUACUCCAUUGUAUUCGUCGAAGGAGGUCCAGUCAUCACCAUUCUCAGGGGCUGGGCAGUCAAUUGGGUGCACAAUAUGAUUUGGAAGAGGAAUUCCAGAGGCUUCAGAAGGAUGAGAACGCUAUUGCUUUGGAAGUUGUUCAGCUGAAGGAGGAGCAGGAAAGCAUUGAUAGGGAGAUGAGGGAUUUGAAGAGGCGCCUGGAUUUGACAGAGCGCAGACCUCAGCAGAUUCUCUCAUUUCUAGCCGCAGUUGUUAAAAAUCCGAGUUUAAUCACUCAGAGGCUUCGAAGUAGGCCAAGCCUUGGUGAUGGUAACAAGAGGAAACGCUUGCCCUAUGCUGAGCACAAGGAAAACAGACCUAAAUUGGAAUUGGAUGGGUUAAGCACAAAUACUUCGAUUGCAGAUGGGCUUGUGCCCAGUACAAACGCUCCUGUUGCAGAUCAGUUUGAGGAUACUGGACUGAAAAGAAAUGGAUCGAUAGUGGACGGCUUUGAAUAUUCUCCAACAGAUAUGCCCCAAAUUGACUUUGAGACUACAGCUGAGUUUAUGGCUACUUCUUCACUAAUAAAUCAGAACUUAGAGAAUCGCACUCUAAAGUCCGAGUUUGAGAUCGAUGUGAGUUGUGAAGGGGAUGAUUUGGGCAUAAGUAAUUUUGAUGGUAUUUUGUGGGACGAGUUAUUCAUUUAGGGAGCUCAAUUCACCAACUAUAAAGCUGGAUCAGAAAGGGGAAGCACUAUUGCCAAAUAUCCAGUCUCUUAGUUAAAUGAUCUGAUGAGUCAUUGAGUUCUAUUGAUAGUGUAAUGAAAUAGUUAGGUCGUCAUAAAUAUUCAUUAAGGAGCAUCUCUGCUGUCAGUUGAAGGAUUUCUAGAGGUUCAGCGCCUGCUUUAUGCUUGCUCAAGCAGGUGAACGAGUAUAUUUCAUGUCGAUUAAAACAAUGCAGCAGCAGCAGUUUGCAGGAUAGUGGUCUCAGUUUUAAGAGCAUUUGACGAAAUAGAUGUAUGUUUGUGGUCAGCAUUCUGCUGCUGGUUCAUGCUUGUAUGAUUGCCUGAUUUCAUUUUCAUUUUCAAAUAUGCAUCUACUUAUUUUUUUAAAUUCUAUUGAUCCUAUGCCUGUGAUUUAGAAGGGUUUUAUUGAAUCAUUCUGUUUAGAAUUUAGAUCUCAGGUUAUGAUGUCUUGUGAUUUAUGAUUGCUUAGUGGCUAUUUUGGGUUAUUUUGGAGUGUGCAAUUGCUUAUAUGUGGGUACAUUUAUAUACCAUGUACUGCAUCUGACAAAUUAUUCUUUUGCAACAUAUGCUUGUCACUGAUGACUAUAUUCUUUGUUCUUAAGUUCUAGUAAUGUGGCAGAGCAGGGUAGAAGGAACCUGCAGAUACUGAAGCUGCAAGGAAUUAAUAGAACCCCAAAAGACCGAAACUUACCACUUAAGGUUAUACGGGGUUACUAAGUAUCAGAUGUUAGCCACGGGCUUGGAGAUCCGAAGACUUAUAAUGUCACAGCAAACUAUACCUAUCAACCCUUGGAGGAUAUAUUUCCUUACCUUUUCAUUUUGCAUAGUUUUUCUUAUCUUUCAAGCAGGAAUUGAGUAGUAUAUACAGUUUACAAUAGAUAUCUCUUUCUUUAAGUCACAAUCAAUGAUAAAAUAAUGUCUUUUGUAGGCACCCACAGCCAUACCCUCUACUUAUAAAAAAUUUCUUGUGGUAUGUGUCUGCAGGAAUUCUGUGCCUCACUUAGACAUAUAUAUCCGAAUGGGAGUGGAAGACAUAUAUGAAUAUUAAGGUUAUUGAUGAAUGAGAUCGAGAGCUUCGGAAUUUGCACAAAUUACACAUUUUGUGUUAGUCACACUUGAAUAAAUAAUUAGUUUGUGGUUCAGAAAUUUGUGGGGACCUGUAUUUCCCUCAAUAUAUUAGUCAAGAGUUCUUGUAACUUAAAGAAUAAGAAAGCAAAUUUGAGGUAUUAGAUGAAAGAAGAUAGUCCACUUUCAAAGCCUGUGGUAUGUAUGGUGAAAUGAUGAUUUUUGUAUGGUGAUUAUGCUAUUUUUUUUUUGUAAUGAAUGACAUGGAUUUUUUUUGGUUUGUA